GAAUUCUCGAUUUAGGGAGACUCAACUCCAAUUCGGAUAUUAAAAUAGUAAACGCAUCCAUAUAGUUGUGUAACAUAAAUAAUAAGUAGUGCGUUGAACCUAGAGUCGUCCAUGUUAUAUCAUGAUCCAUAGUGUAUAAUGUCGACUAACGAUAUUUCCAUACCAGCCGGUCUAGAAGUUGCCCCAUCUGAUUUACCACAUGUCGUCAAUGGACCGACCAUCAUAGGGAACUCUUACGAGCGCCCGGAGAAGUAUGCGUUCGAGCAGCCAAAUCCCAGUCUACAGGGUGUAGCUCAACAGAAUGCUUACUCAAACGGGGCGUAUAUGUCCCAAGGGUAUCCUCUACCAGUUCAGGGUCAGCCUCACUGGGGAGGUUCUCAAGAUGGGACAUACCUGUCAGACAAGCCUUUCCCUCCACUUCCGAGCCGCGAAGGAGCUCUAUGUGGGCUAAGACCGAAGACCUUCUGGUUGAUAAUUGGCCCGCUCAUUGCCAUACUCGUCAUUGGUCUGGCAGUCGGCUUGGGCGUGGGAUUGGCUAGUUCGCACAACUCGAGCUCCAAUUCCGACGGAACUCCUACGUCCUCCAAUCCCUCAAGCGCAACUACGUCAACGCCAAUCACCUGUCCACAAUCAAACGGGACGAUAUACGAGGGAGCCGGAAAUGAGCCAUUCUUGGUUGUCUGCAAUGUGGACUACAAUAGUAACUAUGCAGGUAGCGGAACCACAGACAUUGGCAAUGAAGAGACAAGCUCCGUGGAGGACUGUAUCGAUACGUGCGCGGGAAACUCGACUUGCGUCGGGGCUGGCUGGGGCAACUAUGAGGGACGUUACAUCUGCUGGAUGAAGGGGAAGCUGGGCUCGUCGCAGGGCGCCCCAAAUUGGCUCUUCGCAAUAAGGCAAUAGAUUAAUGCAUUUUGGGAUUUUUUACUGGGGAUAGAUCUAGUAAUGGGUCAAAAGGAUUUAUGGGAUAGGUGAAAAUGGUAGGUAGGUAGUUCUAUAUGUUUUCCUAGGUAUUUCGGUUUCCAUAUUCUAUAGAACCCCCCCUAUAAUACCCUCGACGGGGCUGAGUUCUAAGCCAAGCCUCUAAUAUAUAAAAUCCAACUAGCUACAGUCAUCGACACCUGCGUUUU